CGCCGGCCCGGCCCGCCCUCGCCGCCUGAGCUUCGCCGGGCCGUUAGAGGCGGAGCCGGAGACACCGCAUGGGCCCGCGGCGGCCGCCCUGGGCCCGGCUGGGGCUGGGGUUGGGGCUGCUCCUGCUGGCGCUGGCCGGGGCGGUGCCGGCCCCAGGUGGAAACUGUAGCCUUCUAGAAGAGGGGAGCAUCAUCCAGAAACUGCAUGAAGACUGCUUUUGUUACGUGCAAAACAGAAUCAUGCACUUACAGUACAUUUGGUCAACCAUGCGGGUAAAAAUUAACAGCACAAAAACAUUCAGGUUUGUGCCUACUCCAGAAAAAAGCAACUGUCGGAAUUCAGAAACUGUGUUCGAGUUCGCUGCGUGUGCUGUUCAAGUAUUCUGGCGACCGGAGACAUCUACAGAAACCUUCUUAAAGAUAAAGCAAUAUGGAGAGGACUUUUGCUUCAGAAUACAGCCCUUCAAGGAAGAACCGUACAUCGUGAGCGUAACACGAGAAAUGCUAGAUGGAAAGCUCUUGUUUUUGUUUGUAGCUGGAAUUUUUCUGUUCCAUUUUGCAAACAGUCUGAGCAGGAGCACCAACUUCUUCUACCUGUCUGGAAUAAUACUGGGCGUUCUUGCUCUGUUAGUUUUUGUCCUGCUGGCACUUAAAAGAUUUAUUCCGAGGCGCAGUACCUUCUGGAUAUUAUUGAGUGGCUGCUGGAUGUCCUCUCUCUAUCUUAUCUACUGUUUCAAAGAGAAUAUGCAGUGGUUGUGGUCUGAACACAGGAACUACUUGUUGGGGUAUUUUGUGGCUGUUGGAACUAUCAGCUUUGCCACUUGCUAUCAGCAUGGACCGCUUACCAGUGAACUGAGUAUAACCUUGCUCACAUGGACGCUGCAGUUAGUGGCCUUUGUCUUCAUUUACUGUGGUGUCACCAUACCUCAAGUUGCAUAUGCAAUAAUAGCAGUCAUGUUCUGCUCCAAAGGCCUGGGUUAUCCCCUCGGUGCUGCCUGGCACAUAGGCAGAAAAAUGAAGAAUCACUUUCAAUCCAAAAAGUUAGUGUUUAGAUGCCUUACUGAAGAAGAAUAUCGAGAACAAGGUGAAACAGAAACUGUCAGAGCUCUGGAGGAGCUGCGCUCGUUCUGCAAGAACCCUGACUUCUCAUCAUGGUUGGCAGUAUCCAAACUCCAGUCCCCACAUAGGUUUGCGGGUUUUGUUCUGGGAUCUCCCCACGUCUCACCUGCAGAAACAAAGGCGCACGACGAGGAAUACGGCAUUGGGAGCUCCUUCCUGGAAGAGCAGCUCUUUGAGACAAGGACAGAGUCUGAGCAAGACGAGACAACCAGCUUCAUCCACGAAGAUGAUGAUGAGAAUGAAGAUGAAAUACAUGAACAAAUUUCAUUUCCAUAUGCUACUGAGCUGCUCUGAGCUUUGGAAACUACCCUAAAAAAAGGAGAGAGGGAAAAUACAUACAUCCCGCAAAGGAAGGCUGCAGACCAGGAACUCAUUUCUGGUGAUUUCUUGUGGAUGCUUGGGGACGAACGAGCAUUUUUGAAUAACUGCUUCCUGUAUCACUGAUAUUGCCCAAUUAGAGCAACAGAAGGAAACCACAGGGACUGCUCAAGUGAAGAGCAUCUCGCGCUAUCAGUACUUUAACUGGGAAGUGUUGUUUAUUUCCAAUGCAGGUACUGACAGCAGCCUGUCCCACCACAGUGCCUUCUUUUGCCAAGGAUACUACCUCUAGACAACAGAACAUCUGCUUUGGCCCUGCUCAUUGUCAAGUCCUCUGUGCUGAGCACGAGAGGGAGAGGAAGCCAUUAUUAGUGCUCUGCUUUCACGAAGUACCCUAAACAUUAGCAAAUUUAAUAAUGUUCUUAGUUUGCUGAUAAACCACUUUUACUGUUUAUCUGACUUUUCAGUGAUAGAGAGCCACAGAUCUAACAUAGCUGAGUGACAUUUGUUUGCUCUUCUGGCUCAUCUUGCUGUCUGCUAGCUUCAUUUUGCCUCCCCCUUUUGUUCUAAGCUCCUCUUACUCUUCAAACUCCUGUCUCAUUCUUCACCCAUCUGCUUUUAAUUGUUCUAUUCCUGGACUCUGCACUGUAGUUAUGUUGUACCUUGUUCUUUACACGUCUUUGUUUCUUCACACACUCUUCCUCCCUCUUCUGCAGGCCUCUUCUUCUCCAUCUUUGACAAUUGCAGGUGGUAAGGAGAUUUCCUUCUCAAAUGUAUUUUUACUAGCGCUUUCCAUUUAACCAUCCCCAUACCUCAGAAGGUACUGCCCUCUGCUCCGGCCCACUGAACAGCCCACAAAAGGCAGCAAAGGCCAAGGUUGCUUCAUCUAUUUGGAGGAACUGCUGUAAGCUGAGCCACAGCAACGCUGUAGCCAUUUAACUGGGAAUACAGAUGACCCACUGUCUUCAGAGUGCUCAAUAAUUAACCCAUUCAAUAAAAAGCAAAGUGAUGCCUGGCAAAACAAGGAAGAAGGGAUAUGUGGCUCCUGCCUCCCCCUUCAUUCCUUCUUUGGGACUUAACACAGAAGGUGUGUGGGGAUGAGAGGCAAAAAACAGGGAGAAAAACCUAAGACACUAAGAUGUCUUUCAGUUUUUCUAUUGCACAAUACUGAGUUGGUGGUAUAUCAUGUACCCCCAGUUCAUCCAUCUGCAGAGGUCAUUCUCUUUAGUUCUUCAGACUAUCACUCUGUUCUCGUUUGACUGUUUUCCUUUACUGUCUCCAGACUGCAGAGAACACAAGACCAUUAAUUCUCCCAUCGUCUGCAGAAUGUAUCUGUGUUUGAAGGGCUGUCUUCAUAACGUGCCCAGUGAUGCUGCAGGACCUCAGCGGUGCACACACUAAUGCAGUUCCCUAUUGUCCAUCUCUGGACAAUAUAUUUAUAAGUACAUAUGCAUGAUCUGUAGCACAUUUAAGGGAGGGAAGCCCUGUCAAGCAACUGCUUCAACAUACAUUCACUUGGAAGUACACAGUAUUAAAAAAAAAAAAAAAAUAGAACAAGAGAAUUCUGUUCAGAAAGGCCACUAGUGUUAAAAACCACCCAUAAGAGAGGUUGCUGCUACUAAACCCACAGUUAAAUUGGCACCCACGCUCAAAAGUCAGGCUUGCCUGGAUGGGCACUGUCUCUAGUAAGGAGUUAUUUUCUGUAAGAAGUAACUAAGUCUACUUUUUAACUGGCCCAAACUUCCAUCCAUGCAAUUUGAGGCCAAGCAGGAAAAUCUAAUUCAUCCUAGCUUAAACCCAUAAUCUUUCUGGAUUUCCUUCCACUACUGCAGCAGAAGUUAUCCUCUUGUAAGUAUAUUAUAUAUAUACUUAUUAUACAGUAGUCAGAAACUACAUUAAAAUAACCUUUUACUUACAUAAUAACUAAAUGGAAAAGCCCAAACAAAAUAGGCAGUGACAUUUUCCAAGCACUUUCCCUUUUUUUUUUUUUUUAAUUGUUAAAGGACAACACCAGGUAUACGUACUCCAAGGGAGGUGGGUAGGAAGGAAACAUAUUUUCUGUAGUUGCAAAGUUCAAAGUUUGGGAAAAUACUAUCCAAAGCAGGGCAGGAAACCACUAAGCCCAUCCAAAGCAGAAGUGCAACAGCAUACCAGAAAGAUAACUACUUUAGUGCAUAGCUGAUACUGACCUUAAAAACGCUCCCAAGUCUGUUCCAGCAUGGGAAGCAUUUCAUAAACAAAACCUACCCAAAUCAACUGCUGUCGCUUUAGCCCUUUGCCAACAGUGAGUUUACUUGCACAGCGGUGCUCUGAUGUACAGAGAUCACACACAUGAGCAGAAACACUACUGGCAAAUGUCAUCCAGAGUUCAAUCGGAAAAUCUGGGAACAGAACCUCGAUGUUAAUCCACUGCCUUAACUAUGACAGAAGCCUUCUGUCCUUAAUGAAAGAUGAGUUACGUUUAUCUCCUGUUUCACCGUGUUAAGAAAGUUCAAAUUUUGUAUUUAAUUUGUAUUCAUGGUGCACCAUACUUGAUCUGCUUUUACUUCCAACAUUUUUUAAAUAAAAGUACUUUUCAAAGGC